AUGGAGUUUCCGAACAUCCACCUGUUAUUGAGCUUUUUGAAGGACGCAAGUAUUCCUGUGUGUGUCGUGGGGGAACUUGCUCUAAAUUACUACAAUGUACCGCGUGUAGUCCAUGACCUUGAGCUUUGUGUUCCUGCGAACGAUCUCAGCAGGGCCUCAUCAAUCCUUGAGGCUCAAAGGGAUGUUGUUGAAAAGGUCGGCGACAACGAAUAUAACAUCUACACGGAAUAUAAAAGAGGAUUCCCUCGAUUUCGGUUCCAUGUCUUAAUGAUUAGCUUUUGCGUUGUUCUCUUCACCGAUGAGUACUGCGGCCUGAACCCUCUGCAGCAAAACCUGGUGUCCAAGCAAGAGCAUGAAGGUGCGAGAGAUUAUUACAGCAAAGAGAUUCUCGACUGCUUCUGUGCUGGGCAGCUCGCCACUUUACCCCUACCUCGGUUCGCACCGUUUUUCAUAGGCUUCUGCCGCAGCUAUGUGAAGAAGCAGGAAACAACAUCUGCCAUUGCCGCAGAAAUGCUGGUGGAUGGGAUGGACCUCAAAGAAGAAUGGUGUUGGACUCAUUUUGAGUCUGAAAGUGAAGAGCUCAGUUUUGCUCUGGGGCUGAUUGGCAGCAAGCAGUCACGGAUUUCAGAUUUUUCACCAAACACUGUGACAUGUUUCAUAGUGGACGAUCAGGAAAGGCAAAGGGUUAAAAAGAUUCCAGGGUUUUGUUGA